AUUUUGUGUAGGUCGACUGCAGGUUUAUUAUAAUUGGUGUUAGUCGUUGAAGACAGUCGCGUGUGUUAUAAGAGUUUCAACUGAAAUUUAUCAAGCAUAUAUCUAAGUUUUGUUAGAGAAUGUCAGCUACACAUGAUGCUUUUACAACAGUUGAUGAAGGAGAAAUUGAAAGGCAUAGAAAUAUUAAAGACCUGUGGUGGGACCCACAUGGCUGCACUGUGACCUUACACAGCUUGAACCAUCGCAGAGUACCAUAUAUUAGGGAUGGACUUGUAUCAAAAGACGAAAUAUUGAAAUUAUCACAACCCCUGGCAAACAAGAAAAUAUUGGAAGUAGGCUGUGGAGGAGGCAUUUUAUCAGAGGGCUUAGCGAAAAUAGGAGCCCAAGUUACUGGGAUAGACCCGUGUCAAGAAUUAAUUGACUUAGCAACUGAACAUACAAGCGUAUAUCCAUUAGUAGCAGGCAAUAGACCAAAAUACUACUGCACAACUAUCGAGGAUCAUGCUCAAAAUCACCGCAACUAUUACGACGCAGUUGUCGCUUCAGAAGUGUUAGACCAUGUAGUGAACAAGGAACUAUUUUUAAAGCUAUGCAUAGAAACCCUAAAACCCGGUGGUAAAAUAUUCAUAACAGCGCCAAAUAGAACAUUAACAGCGAGAAUGGGUGUUUUCUUUUCGGAAAAUGUUUUUGGUUGCGCCGCAAAGGGAAUACAUGAUUAUGAAAAAUUUAUAACCCCAGAGGAUGUUACAAAGAUUUUGGAAAAGAAUAACUGUGAAGUCAACAACACUUGUGGAUUAAUUUACUACCCCUACGUUGAAAUCUGGCAAUGGGUAUUUUUUGAAUCUAUGUGGUAUGCGAUUCAAGCUACGAAAAUUGACUAGGUUUAACAUAUAUUUAUAAUAAUUUUUUUUAAGGAUAUUUAAUAAAGGUAUCGGAAGUAAA